UAUAUCUAUCCUAUUCCUCACGAAAUGACAAUUAAAGAAUUUUUUGUAAAACUUACAACUGAAGAAUUAUCUUUAGAUUGUAAUAUAGAUAUAAUAAAUCCUGAGGCAAUAGAACGUGUUGAGAUAAGCAAGGCACAGGAUACGACGGCAACUCAAGUCAGUAUCAAUUAUAAUAUCAUAGAAGUUACAACAAGUGUAGAAAUAUAUGUGCAUUAUCGGCUCAAAACAGAAAAUCCAAAUUUUAAUUCAGAACAGUAA